GAGCGCGGUGGGAGACGUCGCCAUGAUCCGAUCAUGAUGUGCAUCAUACCACUGCGUAAAACUAAUGAAUGCUACCUGCGUCUCAGACAUCAGUAGUGUCUAUUCCCCAGCGUCAGCAUCCAAUAAACCAUCGUGUAGCCCCGUGUGGCAUCUCGCGCCCGCUCUCAUCGACCCACUUUACCUCUCAUUGAAGCUCCCUUCAUCGUGGCACGCUUAUCUCGUGGGGUCUACCCCUUGCCGGCAAACUCGCAGCUGCAUCUUAGGUCGUCCAUAUCUACAAAAAAUAUACGCCAGCAUAUAUCUUCAUUGGCUGGCCCUGUCACGUGGAGUAGCGACACAAUAGCUUGCAGCGAGCCCUUUGGCCAGAUCAGCUAGCCUUGAGACAGGUGCUUACCAUAUUUACCAUAUAAGACGGGAACGGAGACGCGUGUGGGUGGGAGAGAGAGAGAGAGAGAGAGAGAAUGGCGUCGAUCAACGAUCUCGCCACUGCUGCGACCAUUGCCUCAUCAGCUGUCGCGCUGCAGUCAUCACCCAAGGAACAAACCGAAAGACCAGAUUCGCCUUCCUCUCCACCACCGCCAGAAGAUCCAUUAUCACCACCCUCACCCUCGCCUUCGGCACAACUCCAGGCUCAGGCUCAGGAAGCGCAUGCUCAGCGCAUCGUGUCGGCGGGCAAUAGAUCACCCGCUCCAGAAGUGGCAGAACCGAACGAAGUACCAAGUACGCCCGGCGCAGCUACGGCUGCAUCUUCAGCGCCGAAUAGCAACAGCAUUGUCGCGAACGUGGGCGCAGUUACUCCCCACACACCGACGCUGACGCCGACGCAAGGACCCGUGCUCGCCGCGCCGCUGAUCUCGCAGAACCCGGCGCAGGCGACAAUCCCACCACAGGCGUCACCGGAAACGGCGCCGGAAAACGACGAGGGCUCACCAGAGAAAGAAGACAGCAUGGAUGGCAUUGAGUAUGAGAGCGAGCAAAAGAAACCGCCUGUGAGGGGUGCGUUUAUAGUUUUUGAGGGUAUGGAUCGCGCUGGCAAGACGACACAGGCCAAACUAUUACAGUUGCGGUGUAUCGAGAGUGGGAGAGAGGUCAAGUUUAUGAGAUUUCCUGACAGGACAACGCCUAUUGGCCAGAUGAUAGAUUCAUACCUAAAAGGCGAGGCAGAGAUAGAAGAUCAUGUUAUACAUUUGCUCUUCAGUGCGAACCGGUGGGAAGCAGCGCAAAAGAUCAGAACCGAGCUAGAAGCCGGCCACACCAUCAUCUGUGAUCGUUUCUACCACAGCGGCAUCGUCUACAGCGCCGCAAAACAACUGCCUUCGCUCUCAUUGUCCUGGGCCAAGGCACCUGAGCUUGGUCUCCCGCGCCCCGAUAUGGUGUUAUUCCUUGACCUCGAGGAAUCCGUGGCUAGAUCGCGAGGUGGAUGGGGCGGCGAGGUCUAUGAGAAGGGCGAGAUGCAGCGCCGCGUCCGGGAGCUUUUCUGGGGCUUGAGCAUGGGGGACCUGGGACCCGCUGUGAGCGGCAGCAAGGGCGCUGCUAAUAACGGCAAGGGCCCGUCUAGGAACGAGAGGGUGCCGUUUGGGAAUGGCAUGAACAGCAGUACGGCCAGGGAUCGCGAGGGAGGGGACGCGGAGGCCGAGGGCGAGUUCAGACAGGAGGAGGAGGACAUCCAGAUUGUGGAUGCCGAUGUGGGUGUGGAAGAACUUGCUGAGAAGGUCUGGGAGAUUGUCCGAGGUCGUAUCGAGGCCGUCGAGAGGGGUGAGGAGGGACGGUCUGUCAGGACCGUGAAAUGAGGUGAGGCGAAGUGAUAUGAUUAUGUACAUCAUAAUGAGCGGUAUAUACAACUUGAUCUCUGCACUCUCUAUCGCCGACCA